AUGAGAAUCUACCUGCAGAUCCCAUACACAGGAACCGAUUCGCAGAGUCUUGACGAUCUAGCCCAGCAAUCUGCGACCUACACUCCCAUCGAACUCGAAGCCCUGCAAGCGAUGACCGAAGAAGGCUUCUCCAUCAUACCUCAAUUACUGUCCUGGGGGUUUGCCUUGGUGGUGAAACGGGCGCAGUUGUGUUUUGGGAACUGCCACGAGGUCAACGAGAUGACAUUGGAAAUGCCAUCGAGACUGGAUUUGACUACUGGAUCGGAUUUCGUGAUUGCGAACUGA